AUGCAAUUUCCAUCUCCUUACGAGCAUAUUCUUCCUACAGAUAUCCCAUGCAUUUCGUCACCACCACUACCUGAUCAAUUCAACGUAAAAGAUCGAAUAAGAGGAUCAAUGCUAGGUCUCGCUACAGGUGAUGCCUUGGGAGCUAGUGUGGAAUUCAUGCCACAUCAACACCUUCUCGCACAUCCUGUUAGUGAUAUGCAGUCUGGUGGUACAUGGGGUCUCAAAGCAGGACAAUGGACAGAUGACACCUCAAUGGCUCUCUGUCUCGCUUCAUCGCUUAUCACUACAGGAAUCUUCGAUCCUUAUAGCCAAAUGGUUCGCUACAAAUGGUGGUACAAAUAUGGAUUCCUUUCAUCGACAGGAUACUGUUUCGAUAUCGGUAAAGCCACUCGCAAUGCUCUCAAUAUAUUUUCACAACGACAAAAAAUACUACAGCAAGCUUUCGGUUUACAUAAUGAAAUUCAAGUUGAUAGUUUGUCAUUCAAAGAUGUCGGAGAAGUUUCUGCUUUCGAUGUUAAUUGUAGUGGGCCAGAUGUUGCUGGAAAUGGUUCGCUAAUGCGUUUGGCACCAGUACCUCUCUACUAUUUUCGAAACCCUGCAUUGGCCGUCGAACUUUCCGGUCAAAGUGCUCGUCUAACUCAUGGAAGUGAGAAAGCAAUCGAUGCGUGCCGUUAUCAUGCGGCUCUGAUUGUAGCAGCACUUCGAGGUGAAAGCAAAGAACAACUACUGAAUAAACAAUUUUACCAUAAUCAUAGAGCGUGGUUCGGUGUAAAAGAUCUUUGUACGGAAGUAUUGCAUAUAGCAUUAGGAUCCUAUAAAAAACCAGGUGGCUAUGAAAUGGGUAUUCGAGGCAGUGGCUAUAUUAUUAAGUCCCUCGAGGCCGCAUUAUGGGCGUUUUGGAGUGAUGAAAACUCGUUCCAAAACGGUGUUCUGGCUGCAGUCAAUCUUGGAGAUGACACUGACACUACAGCCGCUAUUUAUGGUCAGUUGGCAGGUGCCUACUAUGGUGCAGAAAGUAUCUUACCGAAAUGGUUGAAACAACUCUAUGCUAAAGAUUUUAUCAUUUGUAUCAGCGAUUGGCUAUACUAUUUCGGACAACAAAGUCAUUCAACCGUUCAUAUGAAGAAUAAUAUGUACUACCAUGUUCCAACACAAUUACAUAAAAAAUAUUCAAAUCCUCCUAUUAGUAUGCGUCGUGGUAUGUUCCAAAGCGUAGUUCCUCGUCAAGCCCAUAAAGCAAAGAAUUAUGAUUCUUACUUAAGAGAUCAUUUGCCAAAUCCUCCGAUGUGGACAUUUAGUCAAGCACACAUUCGACCUCAAUAUCAACAAAGAGCUGCUAAUCACUGGGCACCAUAUUCUAAAAUCUUUCAACGACCAUUUUACAGCGGGCAGUUUUAA